AUGGACAACUCCUCCCAGCGAUUCGCACUGUUCUUGGUCAUCUCCUUCGCCGCCAUACUCUGCGGCCACAAGGUUACCGCCAAUGAAGGACUCGAAGCUACCUUCACGCCACCAACGCCCGCAACACCACCGCCAACAACUCCACACGAUCUCCAAGAACACUCGUUCUUCUCUCACACCGCGCUCCUCCCUCCGAUUUUGUCUCAUCUCGGUUUCCACGAGCUGGCAACGGCUGCUCCGUCGCUCUCCGACACUGCCUCCGCCGCUUCUUCCACCUGGAGCGGUCCUUCCACCAUCUUCGCUCCCUCCGACGCCUCCCUCCGCACCUGCUUCUCUUGCUCCGUCACUAACCUUCUCCGCGAACACAUCGUUCCGGGUCUCUUCACCAUCGAUUACCUUCGGAAACUCGCUUUCGGCACCAAGAUCGAGACCUUGAGUCCAGGCCGUUGCAUCACCGUCACCUCCGAUACGGUCCAUCGGAACACGAACAACUACACCGCCGCGAAGGUCUUCGUCGGAGGCGUGGAGAUCACGCAACCUGAUAUCUUCAACAACGGCAUGGUCGUUGUUCACGGCCUCCAAGGCUUCGUCUCUCCGCUAUCUCCGUUCUCUUGCGACGUGGAGAGGAUGACCUCGCUCUCCUUCCCGUUCCAUCCAGAUCACCGUUCCGGUCACCAUUUCCACGCUCCCGGGGCCACGGCGCAGCCAGCUAUCAUGCGCCUCAUGCUCAGAGACGCUAUGCUCAGGCUCCGCAACAACGGCUUCAGCAUCCUCGCCCUAGCCAUGAAAGUAAAGUACGCAGAGCUCGUGACUCUCCACAACAUGACCGUGUUCGCCGUCGAUGACCUCUCUAUCUUCUCCGGUUCCCAGUCGUAUAUCAGCAACAUCAAGUUCCAUAUCGUGCCGAACCAUUAUUUGUCGUUAGCGGAUCUGGAGAAGCUUCCGGUAGGGACUGCUCUGCCGACAUUGGAGCGAGGCCAACCGUUGCUUAUUACAACCACCGGCGGAGGAGCAACCGCGGCGCCUAUGAGGAUUAACUAUGUGAGAAUUAAGGUGGCUGACGUCAUCCGGAACGUGAAGAUAGUGGUGCACAGUCUGUACUUGCCUUUCCCGCAUAUUAAUCCUGUGGCUGCGGCUUAUGACAGUAUCUUAGGGGGUGAAGGAGCAUCGGAAGGAGCGGUUAAUAUUCCAGAUCCUGCAGAACAGACGACGGAAGGGACCUGUUCUGUUCUUGAUGGACGUGGAAGUUGUGGUGUCAGUGGUGUGUCUCCUAUACCUCAGGUCAAGCCGAUGGUGGAGAUCGAAGACCACCAUGGUCUCUGA